AUGAACGGAGAAUUAUUUUACUAAUAGGUUAAGUUUUUAGAACCUCACCUCGUAGUCAAAAUUUGCGAUUACUAUAUUAAAUAAAAUACUUUUGAUGAGCAAUGGAUCUUAAAGGAAAAGAUUGCUGCCCUUUUGAAAACCAGAUUAUACGAUUAGUUAAAUGCUGAAGUACUCAAACUUAAAAAUCACUAAUUGCCUGAUUUGAAGAAACAAAUUGAAGCUUGCAGAUUAGAAACUGCUGAAUAAGCAUUAGGUGAUAAGGCAAAAUAAUUUUUCGAAGAUAUUAUGAAAUUUUACAAUGAAAUCGAAAAGGAUAGAUUUAAAGCUUCUACAAUUACAAAGUUAUGUGGUGAUAUUAAAUUUGGUUUGUUAAGAAAAUUGGCAUAAUAUAGUUUCAUCUUAUACGAUGUUGGUAAUUACGAUGUCUCUUUGAAAAUCAUCAACUGCAUUUACAGUCUCCUCUAAAACCAUCAAGAUGAUCAAAGCAUCCUAAAUAUUUUAUGGGGAAAAAUUGGUUGUGAACUUUAUGUUUAAAAGUUUGAUGAAGCCAAGGAAACAAUUAGAGCCAUUAGAAAAGAACUCGAAAAGGAAGAAUUUUCUGGCCACUUUUAGAUUUACAAUAGAGCCUACUUAAUUUAUCAUGCUAUUUAUGCUUAUUUCUAACCUAAGUCUACUGAAUCAGACUUUGAAGCCUUUAUUGAAUUAAUUACUGGAGAAUAGUAUGUUGCUACUAUUUAGAUGGUUUGCUCAGAAGUUAUUAGAUAUCAUGCUUGUGCUCUUUUAUUGACUAGAAGCAAUUAAUACCACCUCACUUAGUUUUUGAAUAGCUUCUAAAAGGGAGUUUUUGAUUAUAAAGAUAACUUAAUUGAAUUCUUGAAGUUGACUUUAAUCGAUUUCUAAUUCAAUGCUGCUGAAUAAACUCUUAAGUAGCUCUCAAAUGAACUUUCAAAGGAUUAUUUCCUUUCAAACUAAAAAGAACAAAUUAUCACUGCUGCUUAACAUCUUUUCUUCAAAUCAUAUUGCAAAGUCUUUGAUAUUGUAGAAAUUAAGAUGGUUAGUUCUUUCUUAAACUGUUCAGCUAGCGAUGCUGAAACAUGGAUUGUUAACUUUAUUAGAGUAUCAAAUAUUGAUGCUAAGAUUGAUUCUGAAAAUGGUAUAGUUCACAUUACUAAAAGAUAGAACAACUUUGAUGAAACAAUUAAUAAUAAGCUCAGAGAAAUAGUUCCAAGAACAGUUUUACUUGUUAAUAAUAUGAAGAGAAUCAUUCCAUAAAAUUGA